AUGUACAGUCAAUGUAAAAAAACAACAAAUAUGUUAUGAAGCUACAAAUUACCAAAAGACCAAAAGUUCAAGAAGUACAAUUACCAGAAAACCACCCCAACAUGUAACUAUUCACAUAAAAUAAUAUAAAAGCGGUUAUCUCCGGUGGCUUGGACAGUUGCAUUAAUUGUUCGAUGGGACAAACUACACUAUUUAACCUCACUUUUUAUCAAAAAUAGUGGUACAAUGUCAGUCGAAUAGUAGUACAAAUUGGGGCCCCCUUUAACUAUUUUAUGACUGAACCAUUCCGUGAACGGAAUAUAAUCCAAGACCAUAUAUAUAAAUAUUUAGAGACAUGUUCAAUGGGCAUCAAUUUUGACAUUAUUUUGAAUCCAAAGGUUAAAAUUAAAACAAAAAAUAAUGAAAGAAAAAACAUGUAAAACAAAACUUGCCUUCUCCUUCAUUUCAUUUACUUGGGUUUUUUCUUUCUUUAGCGUUUUCCGUCGUCGACGCUGGCUACCACAGUCCAUCGUCACCGCCAGCCAUUACCGAUCAUCAUCGCUUACUGUUACCGCCAUUGCGCCGGUGGCUUCUGCUGCAACUAGAGGUCAAGCUUUACUGGUUGUGGAAGGUGUGUGGAACCAGUUGCGGAGGGAGAGGAACGAUAAUAUAGCUGUGAUAAUAGAUGUUGAUACUGCCGAAAGACUUGAGGAGUUGUUUUUCCUUCCCAUAUGACAAUUUUAGGAAAUGACCAACACCACUUGUGAGCUUCUUAAAUGAGCAGCCUUCACAUUGUAUUCUCAGCCACAUUUAUUACCCUUCAAUGUAUUAUUACUAUUAUUAUUCUUUAUGAAAAGAUAUAUCAUGAACCACAA